CCGCGACGCCCCGCCUGACGCCCCGCCUCUCUCUCUCUCUCUCCCUCAGACCCGGUGACGAGCAUAUCCGACCGCCUCCCCAGCCUGCCCCAGCUCGCCCGGCCGCGCCCCAUGAUCCACUCGCCGCUGCAGCCUCUCCUGUCCUGCCGCCCGCCCUAUCUCAGCGUCUACGGCAACGUGGGCGGAAUGGGCGGAGUCCCGCUACCGAGCACCUUCCCGUGGGCGGCCAUGGGCGUGGGCGUGCGAGGGAAGCCCCGGCGGGGGAUGCUGCGGCGGGCGGUGUUCAGCGACUUCCAGCGAAAGGGUCUAGAGGACCGAUUCCAGAUCCAGAAGUACAUUAGCAAGCCCGACAGGAAGAAGCUGGCGGAGAAGCUCGGGCUUAAGGACUCGCAGGUGAAGAUCUGGUUCCAGAACCGCCGCAUGAAGUGGCGGAACUCCAAGGAGCGGGAGCUGCUGGCCUCGGGGGGCACGCGCGAGCAGACGCUGCCGACCAAGAACAACCCCAACCCGGACCUCUCCGACGUGGCCGAGGACCGCGCCAGGACCACCUCCUCCUCGUCGUCGACCUCCUCGAAGGACGAGCUGAGGCCAGCCUCCGAGGGGGGCAGCGGGGGCAUGGUCGAGGAGCACCACUUCCACAUCGUCGCCAAGGACCACCCGCACUUCUCCUCGAGGGGGGACGAGGGCGACCUCCCACUGCAGCAGGGCGGAGGAGGAGAGGGCGGGGGCGGGGGCGGAGGGGGCGCCGGCGGGGGGCUGGACCUGUACCCCGGCGGCCCCCAGCGGCUGUCCAGCCCGACGCCCUCGAGCCUCCCGGGGAAGAUCCAGAUCAAGGACCUCACGCGCCUCUCCAGCUACGCCAAGCAGGGCGGCUUCGGCUUCCCCGCCUACCAGGACGCCGAGGCCGACUACUCCGACGAAGACAUCAACGUCACGGACAACAACGAGGAUAGUGACAAUGACAACGAUUAG